GUGUUGAAACAAACGGAAACGCUUGUGUAGCAGCAGUGAUGGCGUCCACAGCGGCGACCCGAGCGGCGGCUGGAGCUGCUAAAGUUGUCAAGCCGAUUUUUAGUCGGGACUUGGAUGAAGCCAAGCGCAGGGUUCGGGAGCUGUACCGGGCGUGGUACCGAGAGGUCCCUAACACAGUGGCCAUGUAUCAGCUGGAUAUAACAACACGCCAAGGAAGAGACAAAGUGAGAGAGCUUUUCAACAAGAACAAACAUGUGACUGACCCUCGUGUAAUUGACAUGCUUGUAAUUAAGGGUAAAAUGGAACUGGAGGAAACCAUUCAUGUUUGGAAACAGAAAACUCACAUCAUGCGCUUCUUCAGGGAGUCAGAGGAGCCACGUCCUACUGACUUUCUGUCCAAAUUCUACAAAGGUCAUGACCCAUGAACUGUGAAUUCACCUGAUGUCCAUGUCCUUAGUCUUUGUGAUGUCCAUUUAUUGUAAAUAUAAUCAAUAUCUACAAA